GGCGACGACGAACAUGACGACGGGCGCGGGUACCAACAAGUGGCGAGCGCCCGAAGUGCUGACGUCCGGAAGUCGCUACGGCACACCCGCCGACAUUUACUCGUUUGGGAUUCUCCUUGAGACGCUGUACCCUAACCCUACCGAUGCGAGCACGGAGUGGGUCACGACACUUGCAGCGGAUUGCACGGCGGUGAAUCCAACGCGGCGUCCGACGGCGGCCAAGAUCGUCGAUCUUUUGCGUCCCAACUUGCAAGCACAACCGCACCUCGUGACGUCGAUGCCAACCUUCGAGGUUGAUUGUG